AUGUCUAAAGCUUUAUCUUGUUACGCAUUUGAAUCGUUACUCUUCAAAUUGAAUCUUGAAUCCAAUAAGAUCCCUUUAUCGAAGUACUUUGAAACUUUACACGAAUCAACCACCACAUUGCCAUCACGAGCACCACUAUUUAUAACAUGGAAUAAAAACCAUCAAUUGCGUGGUUGUAUAGGCACAUUUUCUGCCUUACCCAUUGAAUCUGGUGUUUCUAGGUAUGCCUUGCAUGCGGCAUUACAAGAUCCUAGAUUCUCCCCCGUUAAUGCUUCUGAAGUUGAAGCUUUGGAGGUUUCAGUUACAUUGUUAGAUAAUUUUGUUCCUAUUAAUAACCCGCUUGAUUGGGAAAUUGGUGCGAAUGGAUUGAAAAUCUCGUUUGAACUAAACAAUGAACAUUAUUCUGGUACAUUUUUGCCAAGUGUGGCGGAGGAGGAGAAUUGGGAUAAAUUGACUACUUUAUAUUAUCUUUUGAAGAAAGCUGAUUAUCCAGUAAGUCAGAAGAAUGUAUCCAAGUUCUAUGAAAAGGGUUUGAAAGAAGGCUGGUUGGAAUUAACCAGAUAUGAUGGGUUGAAGAAUCGCUUAGAUUAUAACGAGUUUACUAAGAUUAGAAAUCAAAUGGAAUAA